CCCGUGACUCAUUGGGACAAGUAAAAUAAUUUAUUCGUCUGGAAUCAUAAAAUUUUCCAGAAAACUAAAACCGUGCCAUGGCAGAGCCGGGUGACCCCGACACUCAGCCGGCACAACCCGUGCAAGUAGUAGCGGAACCUGACAAGUUUGUCACGUAUUUAUUUCGAGUGGUGCCAGUUUUGUUGGAUGAUCGAGAGGAGGCGUCGACGGCCUUGAAAAAUGCCCUGUUUGACAAAGCCAGCACAGAGCAGAUAAAGAAGUUUUUGGGAGACCCUCAGUCACCAGCACUGUUAGUACAAAGAUCGUCAACAAAGGAUGACACGGAGUUGGUGGCCGAGGUUGGAGAAGGGGACAGUGAGGGAACUGUGUCCUACCAGAUCUCUUGCGAUGUGCACUUCACCAGCUCAAAAAUUACCAGUUUGAUUUUCAUCAAGCGUGGUGGUGUUGUGGAGGCAGACAAGUCUUUGUCCUCCCAGUUGCAGGUGAUGAACAUCAAUGAUGGCUCGCCGUACGAGACACUGCACUCUUACAUCAGUAAUGCUGUUUCUCCUUACUUCAAGUCCUACAUAAGGGAGACUGGCAAAGCAGAACGAGAUGGAGAUAAGAUGGCUCCUGCUGUGGAAAAAAAGAUUGUUGACUUGGAGAUGGGGCUGCUACAUCUGCAACAGAACAUUGACAUACCAGAGAUAAGUCUGCCCAUCCAUCCCACGGUCUCUACUAUCAUCAAGAAAUGCUCCGAGGAGGGACGAAAGCCCAAGGUGGAGGAUUUCGGAGACAAAGUUGAGGAUCCCCAGUUCUUGAAUAACCUGCAGAGUGGUGUCAACAGAUGGAUCAGAGAAAUACAGAAGGUGACCAAGUUGGACCGAGACCCGGCAUCAGGAACGGCGCUGCAGGAAAUCAGUUUCUGGCUGAACCUGGAACGAGCCUUGCUUCGCAUCCAGGAGAAGAGAGAGAGCAUCGACAUCGUCCUCACCCUUGAUAUUCUCAAACAUGGAAAGCGCUUCCAUGCCACUGUCAGCUUUGACACUGAUACAGGACUAAAGACAGCAAUGAUGACAGUGAAUGACUACAACCAGCUGAUGAAGGACUUCCCUUUGAACGACCUGCUGUCAGCAACAGAGCUGGACAGAAUUCGAGUGGCCCUGCAGUCCAUCUUUCUGCACCUGCGUAAGAUCCGGCCGACAAAGUAUCCGAUACAGCGGGCCCUCAGGCUCGUAGAGGCCAUCUCCAGGGACCUCAGCACUCAGUUACUCAAGGUUCUUGGAACAAGACGGCUGAUGCACAUCCCGUACGAAGAGUUUGAGAAGGUGAUAUCUGCGUGUUUUGAUGUGUUCAGUACCUGGGAUGAUGAGUAUGACAAGCUACAGGGUCUGCUUAGGGACCUUGUGAAGAAGAAGAGAGAGGAGCAUCUACGUAUGGUCUGGAGAGUAAACCCUGCACACAAACGCCUCCAGGGACGCCUUGACCACAUGAGGAAGUUCCGUCGCCAACAUGAGCAGUUGCGACAGGUUAUUGUGCGAGUGUUGAGACCAGUGACGAGCGCCAAGCUGCCAAUUGGAUCUCCCAUGGAGGAGACAGCACCAAAACUGGAACCUGUCGUCGAUGAGGCUGCUGAUGCUAACGCCAUUGAGGAGGUGAACCUGGCAUAUGAAAAUGUGAAGGAGGUUGAUGGCCUCGAUGUGUCCAAGGAGGGAUCUGAUGCCUGGGAGGCAGCCAUUAAAAGGUAUGAUGAAAGGAUAGAUCGUGUUGAGACAAGAAUCACAGCCAGACUCCGUGACCAGCUGGGGACCGCUAAGAACGCAAACGAGAUGUUCCGUAUCUUCUCGCGCUUCAACGCCCUGUUUGUGCGGCCCCACAUCCGAGGAGCCAUUCGGGAGUACCAGACACAGCUCAUGCAGAGAGUGAAGGACGACAUUGAGUCAUUGCAUGAGAAAUUCAAGGUGCAGUAUCCCCAGAGCAAGACGUGCAGGAUGAGCAAGGCCAGAGAUUUCCCCUCUGUAUCGGGCAGUAUUAUCUUUGCUAGACAGAUUGAGCGUCAGUUGACAGCAUACCUACGUCGUGUGGAGGAUGUGCUGGGUAAGGGCUGGGAGAGCCAUGUCGAGGGGCAGAAACUGAAGAAUGACGGAGACAGCUUCAGAAAUAAGCUCAACACGCAGGAGCUCUUUGAAGAGUGGGCCAGAAAAGUGACCCAAAGACAGCUGCAGGUGUCUGGCAGGAUUUUCACCAUCACCAGUGUGAAGUCGCGCAUCCCGGGCAAACCCAACAUACUGAAGCUUGGAGUCAACUUCCAAAAGGACAUCAUAACACUCUCUAAAGAGGUGCGUAAUAUGAAGUGGCUGGGAUUCCGUGUGCCAUUGGCAAUCGUGAACAAGGCCCACCAGGCUAACCAGCUUUACCCGUUUGCAAUGUCGCUGUUUGAGAGCGUGCGCACGUACCAGCAGACCCUGGAGAAGGUGGAUGAGCGGCCGUCCAUUCACCUCCUGGUGGCUGGGCUACACAAGGAGGUCCAGAAUCUCAUUGCAGAGGGUGUCCAACUGGUGUGGGAAUCGUACAAGCUAGAUCCAUAUGUACAGAGACUGGCGGAUUCCUUGAUCAACUUUCAGGAGAAGGUUGAUGAGUUGCUAUCGAUGGAGCAGGAGAUAGACUUGGAGGUGAAGUCGCUGGAGACAUGCUCGUACAGCUCCACCACGUUCAGGGAGAUUUUGGCCAAGAUACAGAAGGCCGUGGACAAUCUCUCUCUACACUCCUACUCCAACCUCCCACAGUGGGUCGCAAAGCUUGAUGAAGAGGUGGAGAAGCGUUUGGCUGAGCGGCUGGAGGUGGCCCUGAAUGCCUGGAACAAAUGUCUGCUGGGGAAGAAGGAAGACCAAGUGGAUUACAGCAUGGACACAGAUGCCCCCACCCAACCUACACAGAAACUAGGCGGGGAACCUAACAUCAAGACCUUUGUCCAUGAGUUGCGCAUCACAAACCAGCUAAUCUACGUGAACCCACCAGUGGAGGAGGCUCGUGUGAACAUCAUGCAGGAGCUGUUCAGCUGGGAGGCCAUCAUUGCCAGCCUGCCCCGCAUCAAACACUCGCGAUACCAGGUUGGUCUGGAUGUAGAGUCCGAGUCAUCUAUGACAUACAAGAACUUGUUGACAAAGCUGCCAAGCGGUAUGAAGGUGGUGGAAGAGUCGUACGCCGCCAUACAAAAGACAGUCAAGGAGCUGGAGGACUACAUUAUGGUUUGGUUGCGCUACCAGGCUCUAUGGGAUCUGACCCCUGAUGGCCUAUACAACCGUAUGGGAGACCUUGCCUCAUGGAUGAGAACCUUGGAGCAGAUCAAAUCAGCUAGGAAGACAUUUGACACGUCAGAGUCACAGAAAGAAAUUGGUCCAAUUGUUGUGCAGUUCAGCAAAGUGCAGUCCAAGGUCUCCCUCAAGUAUGACUCGUGGCACAAGGAAGUGCUGAGCAGGUUCGGAAACAUGCUGAGUAAUGAGAUGACGGAGUUCCAUGUCCACAUCCAGAAGUCGCGCUCCGACCUUGAGCAGCAAUCCAUUGACACAGCAAACACGUCGGAGGCUGUCGUGCUCAUCACCCAGGUGCAGGCCCUAAAACGCCAGAUGAAGACCUGGGAAAAACAAGUUGAUAUGUACAAGGAAGGCCAGCGUAUUCUGGAGCGUCAGAGGUUCCAGUUCCCAACUAACUGGCUGUACAGUGACAACAUAGAGGGCGAGUGGGGUGCUUUCACUGACAUCAUGAAGCGCAAGGACGGCUCUAUUCAGACACAGGUCGCCAGUCUACAGAUGAAGAUCGUCUCUGAGGAUAAGAUUGUUGAGGGCAAGACCUCCGAUCUCCUCGUUGAUUGGGAGAAGGAUAAGCCUGUCGGUGGUGAGCUGCCCCCGGAUGAGGCCCUGAAGGCCAUUACCAUCUUUGAAGGGAAGUUCUCGAGGCUGAAGGAGGAAAGAGAGAAUGUAUCCAAGGCAAAAGAGGCCCUGGAACUGGCUGAACCAGGUCAGUUGAGCAUGAGUGAAGAGCGUGUACAGGUGUCCCUGGAGGAACUGCAGGAUCUGAAGGGAGUAUGGACCGAGCUUGGCAAGAUCUGGGACCAGAUCUAUGAACUCAAGGACAAACCAUGGCUCUCUGUGCAACCUAGAAAGAUUCGACAAAGCAUUGAUGGUCUGCUGAACCAGAUGAAGGAGCUACCAGCCAGACUGAGAGCCUAUUCCUCGUACGAAUUUGUAAAACGACUGCUGCAAGGAUUUGCCAAGGUGAACAUGCUGAUUGUUGAGUUGAAGUCUGAGGCGUUGAAAGAGCGCCACUGGAAGCAGUUGACGAGGAGACUUGGGGUGAAGUGGGUUUUGUCUGAACUCACCCUGGGGCACGUGUGGGACAUUGACCUGCUGAAAAAUGAGCACAUUGUUAAGGACAUCAUCCUUGUGGCUCAGGGAGAAAUGGCUCUAGAGGAGUUCCUAAAACAAGUGAGUGAGACGUGGCGAGCGUAUGAGCUGGACAUGAUUAGUUACCAGGGUCGGUGCCGUCUGAUUCGGGGCUGGGACGACCUCUUCAACAAGGUCAAGGAACACAUCAACUCUGUAAUGGCCAUGAAACUCUCCCCUUACUACAAGCAAUUUGAGGAAGAUGCCCUGUCAUGGGAGGACAAGCUGAACCGUAUCAACGCACUGUUUGAUGUGUGGAUAGAUGUACAGAGACGCUGGGUGUACCUGGAGGGCAUCUUCACGGGCAGUGCAGACAUACAGCACCUCCUGCCUGUAGAGACCCAGAGAUUCCAGGGUGUGAGUACAGAGUUCUUGGCCCUGAUGAAGAAGGUGGCCAAGUCACCGCUGGUGAUGGACGUCCUAAACAUCCCAAACAGUCAGAGACAGCUGGAGAGGCUGGCCGACCUGUUGGGCAAGAUCCAGAAGGCUCUGGGAGAGUACUUGGAGAGGGAGAGAGCCUCAUUCCCCAGGUUCUACUUUGUUGGAGACGAGGACCUGCUGGAGAUCAUAGGAAACAGUAAGAAUGUGGCACGCCUACAGAAGCACUUCAAGAAGAUGUUUGCCGGGGUGGCCACCAUUACACUGAACGAUGACAACUCCCAGGUCCUGGGGCUGCUCUCCAAGGAGGGGGAGGAGGUUGUGUUUGCCACACCAGUGUCCAUAACCAAAAACCCGAAAAUCAAUGAAUGGCUGACCUGUGUGGAGAAGGAGAUGAGAGUCACUCUAGCCAAGCUGCUUGCUGAUUCCGUGAAGGACGUGACUGCCUUCAAGUCUGGCAAGAUUGACUCGCAGCAGUACCUCAACUGGGUGGACAAAUACCAGGCCCAGCUUGUGGUGUUAGCGUCCCAGAUCUCUUGGUCGGAGAGUGUGGAUGGUGCACUGACAUUGGUGGCAGGAAAGGGCGGGUCAGACAUGGGACCUGUACAGGAAGUGCUCUCCACUGUGGAGUCCACACUCAAUAUCCUGGCAGACUCCGUGCUUCAUGAACAGCCUCCAGUACGCAGGAAGAAACUUGAGCACCUGAUCACCGAGCUGGUUCACCAGAGGGACGUGACAAGGACCAUGAUCACAGACAAGAUCAACAGCCCCAAGUCAUUUGACUGGCUGUGCCAGAUGAGGUUCUACUUCGACCCCAAGAACUCAGAUGUGCUCCAACAACUGUCCAUCCAGAUGGCCAACGCCAAGUUCAACUAUGGGUUUGAGUAUUUGGGUGUGCAGGACAAGCUGGUACAGACGCCACUCACAGACAGGUGCUACCUUACACUCACACAGGCACUUGAGGCCAGGCUUGGGGGAUCACCAUUUGGUCCUGCUGGUACAGGCAAGACUGAGUCUGUUAAGGCCCUGGGUAAUCAGCUAGGAAGAUUUGUCCUUGUUUUCAACUGUGACGAGACAUUCGACUUCCAGGCAAUGGGUCGUAUCUUCGUGGGUCUGUGCCAGGUGGGUGCAUGGGGCUGUUUUGACGAGUUUAACCGUCUGGAGGAGCGCAUGUUGUCUGCCUGCUCUCAGCAGAUACAGACCAUCCAGGAGGCCCUCAAGGACAUGGCUGGCCGCAAGGACAAAGGCCAGCCAAUGGUGAUUGACCUGAUCGGGAAGCAAGUGAAGGUGAACCCUGACAUGGCCAUCUUUAUCACAAUGAACCCAGGCUAUGCUGGUCGCUCCAACCUACCUGACAAUCUGAAAAAACUGUUCCGCAGUCUGGCCAUGACCCAACCUGACAGACAGCUCAUUGCCCAAGUGAUGCUGUACUCACAGGGAUUCCGCACUGCAGAGAAACUCUCCAACAAGAUUGUACCCUUCUUUGUGUUGUGCCAUGAGCAAUUGUCACCCCAGUCCCACUACGACUUUGGUCUGCGAGCCCUUAAGUCAGUGCUUGUCUCUGCUGGACAUGUGAAGAGAGACCACAUAAAGAGGAAGAAAGAGGAACUCGAGGAGAAGGGACAGACUGUUGAAGAGACACACAUUGCUGAAAACCUACCUGAACAAGAGAUCCUGAUCCAGUCUGUGAUGGAGACAGUGGUUCCCAAACUGGUUGCGGAGGACAUCCCACUGCUGCACAGCUUGCUGUCCGACGUGUUCCCAGGUGUCGAGUACACUCCCGCCAUCAUGGCCGACCUCCGACGCGAGGUGAAGAAGGUCUGUGAAGAGAUGUUCCUCGUGUAUGGGGAAGGAGAUGAGAUGGGAACACUCUGGGUCGACAAGGUAUUACAGCUGUACCAGAUCACACAGUUGCACCACGGUCUGAUGAUGGUGGGCCCCAGCGGAUCCGGGAAAACGAUGGCCUGGCGUGUACUUCUGAAGGCCCUGGAGAGGCUGGAGGGCACAGAAGGAGUUUCCCAUGUCAUAGAUCCAAAGUCCAUCUCCAAGGCUGCACUGUACGGAAGUAUGGAUCCAAAUACCAGAGAAUGGACUGAUGGUCUUUUCACUCAUACACUGCGAAAGAUCAUAGACAAUGUUCGUGGGGAGCUCCAGAAGCGUCAGUGGAUUAUAUUUGAUGGUGACGUGGACCCUGAGUGGGUGGAGAAUUUGAAUACUGUCCUCGACGAGAGCAGGCUGCUCACCCUUCCCAACGGAGAACGUCUAGGAAUCCCACCAAAUGUGCGGGUCAUGUUCGAGGUGCAGGACCUGCGAUACGCGACACUGGCCACAGUUAGUCGUUGCGGUAUGGUGUGGUUCAGCGAGGAUGUACUCUCUGUAGAGAUGGUGUUUGAGAACUACUUGCUCCGGCUUCGCAACAUACCCCUGGAGGAUGAAGACAUGGAGUACAAGCCGACCGGGAAACAGGAAGAGGAGAUCAUCUCACCGAAUAUGCAGGUCCAGAAGGACUGUGCAGUUGCGCUAAGCACAGACCUGACGUCGGAUGGGCUGGUGAACCGAUGCCUGGAGUUUGCCGUGUCACUAGAGCACAUUAUGGACUUCACAAGACUCAGAGCCCUCAACUCCCUCUUCUCCAUGCUGAACCAGGGGGUUAGGAACAUCCUUACAUACAACAGUGGACACCCUGACUUCCCUAUGUCGCAAAGCCAGUUGGAGUCCUACAUGACCAAGUACCUGGUGCACAGCCUGCUGUGGUCACUCUCAGGAGACGGCAAGUUGAAGGUCCGGGAAGAGAUGGGACAGUUCAUCAGGGGCAUAACCACAAUACCCCUCCCACCAAAGAAUAAUAUGAGGAUCAUCGACUAUGAGGUGUUGAUCACUGGGGAGUGGUCCCCAUGGCAAAACAAGGUGCCCCAGGUGGAAGUGGAGACCCACAAGGUUGCCUCCCCUGACGUGGUCAUCCCCACUAUUGACACUGUGCGCCACGAGAGCCUCCUGUUCACCUGGCUGGGUGAGCACAAGCCACUGGUGCUGUGUGGACCUCCUGGCUCUGGCAAGACAAUGACCCUCUUCAGUGCACUGAGAUCGCUGCCUGAUAUGGAGGUUGUAGGCCUGAACUUCUCCAGUGCCACAACCCCUGAGUUGCUUUUGAAGACAUUUGACCACUACUGCGAGUACAGACGUACCCCCAAUGGUGUGGUCCUCGCACCUGUGCAGCUCAACAAAUGGCUCGUACUCUUCUGUGACGAGAUCAAUCUGCCGGACAUGGAUAGAUAUGGCACCCAGCGUGUGAUUUCCUUCCUUCGUCAGAUGCUGGAGUAUGGAGGGUUCUUUCGGACGUCAGACCAGACAUGGGUGAAAUUUGAGAGAAUCCAAUUUGUUGGGGCGUGUAACCCUCCCACCGACCCUGGCAGGAAACCCCUUUCACACAGGUUCCUCCGCCAUGUACCUGUGGUGUAUGUGGACUAUCCCGGGAAGAUCUCCCUCACCCAGAUUUACGGCACCUUCAACCGUGCCAUGUUGAGACUCGUUCCCAGUCUCAAGCCAUAUGCUGAACCACUCACAAGCGCAAUGGUCGAGUUCUACCUUAUGUCACAGGAGCGUUUCACCCAAGAUAUGCAGCCCCACUACGUGUACAGCCCCCGUGAGAUGACGCGGUGGGUUCGGGGCAUCUGUGAGGCCCUGCGGCCCCUGGACAGCCUCUCAGUGGAAGGCCUAGUCAGGAUCUGGGCGCAUGAGGCUCUCAGACUCUUCCAGGACAGGCUGAUAGAGGAUGAGGAGCGCCAGUGGACUGACUCAAACGUGGACAUGGUGGCAUUGAAGCACUUCCCUAGCAUCAACCGUGAGGAGGCGAUCGCUCGCCCCAUCCUCUUCUCCAAUUGGCUCUCCAAGGACUACAGCCCUGUUGAUAGAGAGGAGCUCCGCGAAUACACCAAGGCCAGGCUGAAGGUAUUCUAUGAGGAAGAGCUAGAUGUUCCUCUUGUACUGUUUGACGAGGUGUUGGAUCAUGUGCUCCGUAUUGACCGGAUCUUCCGCCAGCCCCAGGGUCACGUGCUGCUCAUUGGUGUGAGCGGGGCAGGGAAGACAACUCUGUCACGUUUUGUCGCCUGGAUGAACGGUCUUUCUGUCUACCAGAUUAAGGUUCACAACAAGUACAUGGCCGCUGACUUUGACGAGGACUUAAGAAUUGUGCUGAGGAGGUCAGGCUGUAAGGGUGAGAAGAUUGCGUUCAUCAUGGAUGAGUCUAAUGUGCUGGAUUCAAGUUUCCUGGAGCGUAUGAAUACAUUGCUUGCAAACGGUGAGGUGCCAGGUCUGUUUGAGGGUGAUGAGUACACGACCCUGAUGACACAGUGUAAGGAGGGUGCCACACGAGAGGGAUCUAUGCUGGAUACAUCUGAGGAGCUGUACAAGUGGUUCACACAACAGGUGAUGAAAAACCUGCAUGUGGUGUUCACCAUGAAUCCAUCCUCAGAGGGCCUGAAGGAUAGAGCUGCCACUUCCCCUGCCCUCUUCAACAGGUGUGUGUUGAACUGGCUAGGAGACUGGAGUACCCGUGCCCUGUACCAUGUGGGCCGCGAGUUCACCAACAAAGUCGACCUUGAGAAGGGACAGUACAUUGCCCCGGAGAACUUCCCAGUGGCCUUCCCAUCCCUGCCCAUGCCACCUGGCCACCGUGAUGCGGUGAUCAACGCGUUCGUGUUUGUGCACCUAUCCCUUCACCAGGCCAAUGCCCGACUCCAAAAACGUGGCGGCCGCACAAUGGCUAUCACACCCAGACACUAUUUGGACUUCAUCAACCACUUUGCCAAGCUGUACCAGGAGAAGCGUUCAGACCUGGAAGAGCAGCAGCUUCAUCUGAACAUUGGCCUCCAAAAGAUACAUGACACUGUGAAACAGGUCGGAGAGCUACAGAAGUCUCUGUCCGUGAAACGCAUUGAGCUCGAGGAGAAAAACAACGCUGCAAACUCCAAACUCAAACAGAUGGUGAAGGAUCAGCAAGAGGCUGAACGUAAGAAGGUUACAUCCCAGGAGAUUCAGCAAGCCAUUGCGGAGCAAACCCUCGUUAUACAGGAUAAGCAGGUGUUCGUGAAAGAGGAUCUGGAUAAGGUGGAGCCGGCUGUCAUUGAGGCUCAGCAAGCUGUCAAAUCCAUAAAGAAGCAGCACCUCGCAGAAAUCCGAGCCAUGCCCACUCCCCCACCGCUUGUUAAAGUUGCCCUCGAGGCCAUCAUCAUGAUGCUCGGCAAGUCCGACACAGACUGGAAGGGAAUACGAUCUGCUAUCAUGGGAGAUAACUUCAUCUCAAGCAUUGUUAACUUUAGGACUGAUGACAUUACGGACGCUAUCCGUGAUAAGAUGAAGAACAAGUACCUGAGCAACCCUGACUUCAACUAUGAAAAGGUGAACAGGGCCAGUUUGGCAUGCGGUCCCAUGGUCAAGUGGGCCAUUGCUCAGAUCAACUAUGCUGACAUGUUGAAGCGUGUGGAGCCACUACGUAAUGAAUUGGGUGCCCUGGAGAGCCAGGCUGAGGAGAACAAGCUGAAGGGUGACGAGGUGAUGAAGGUGAUUGCCGACCUGGAACGCUCCAUCUCCAAGUACAAGGAGGAGUACGCCCUUCUCAUCUCUCAGGCACAGGCCAUCAAGGCUGACCUCUCCGCUGUCGAGAUGAAGGUUGAGCGGAGUGUAGCUCUUCUAGACUCCCUGGGAGCUGAGAAAGGUCGCUGGGAGGCGGGCAGUCUUACUUUCAAGAACCAGAUGGCCACCAUCAUAGGAGACGUCCUCCUUUCAUCUGCCUUCAUGGCUUAUGCUGGAUACUUUGAUCAGAUGAUGAGGCGCAACCUUUUCACAGUGUGGUCAACCCACCUGCAGAAGGCCAGUGUCCAGUUCAGAUCGGACCUUGCCAGGGUCGAGUACUUGUCUAAUGCUGAUGAGCGCCUGAGAUGGACGGCUAAUGCCUUGCCGACUGAUGACCUGUGUGCAGAGAAUGCCAUCAUGCUGAAGAGGUACAAUCGGUACCCCCUGAUCAUUGACCCCUCAGGCCAGGCAACUGCCUUCAUCAUGAACGAGUACAGGGACAGGAAGAUAACCAAAACCAGUUUCCUUGAUGAUUCGUUCAGAAAGAAUCUUGAGAGUGCACUCAGAUUUGGCAACCCUCUGCUGGUCCAGGAUGUGGAGAGUUAUGACCCGAUCCUUAACCCAGUAUUGAACCGCGAGUUACGACGUACAGGUGGGCGUGUCCUCAUCACCCUUGGCGACCAGGACAUUGAUCUCUCACCUUCCUUUACCAUCUUCCUCUCCACCAGGGACCCUAAUGUUGAGUUCCCCCCAGACCUGUGCUCCAGGGUGACGUUUGUCAACUUCACUGUCACCCGCAGCAGUCUGCAGGAUCAGUGCCUCAACCAUGUGUUGAAGGCUGAAAGGCCAGAUGUUGAUGAGAAGAGGUCCGACCUCCUGAAGCUGCAGGGAGAGUUCCAGGUGCGACUGCGACAGCUGGAGAAAUCUCUGCUACAGGCUCUCAAUGACGUGAAGGGUCGCAUUCUGGACGACGACAGCAUCAUCUCGCACCUCGAGACGCUGAAGAAAGAGGCUGCAGAAGUGGCUCGCAAAAUGGAGGAAACAGAUGUUGUGAUGGCCGAGGUGGAGACCACUUCCCAGCAAUACCUGCCUCUUGCCACUAGCUGCUCCAGUAUUUACUUCACCCUGGAGGCCCUUCAACAGGUGCACUUCCUGUACCAGUACUCGCUGCAGUUCUUCCUGGAGAUCUUCCACGCUGUUCUGGCCAGCCAGAAACUGUCCGGAGUGAAGGAGUAUACCCCUCGUCUUGACAUCAUCACACAGGAACUCUUCCUGGACACAUACAGCCAUGUGGGACGUGGUAUGCUACAUGAGGACAGAAUCACGUUUGCCAUCCAGCUGGCCAGGAUCUACCUGAAGAGCAUGCAGAGUGAGUCAACCUAUGACAGUGAGUUCCAUCAGUUCUUGAGGAGCCAGGAAACCUUGCUGAUGGGAAAGAUCCCGCCACAGAUACAGGGUCUUACACAAACACAGCAAGAGGCAUUGGUGAGGCUGGCCCAGAUGAGGCAGUUCAAGGGCAUUGUUGAUGAGAUGAGGAAAAAUGGGGAGCUGCAGGCGUGGCUAGAGAGUGCCAGCCCAGAGACCAACAUUCCCCAGAUGUGGACCGAGGAUAGGGAACUCUCUGCGGUGGGUAAGGCAGUGAAUGGUAUGUUGGUUGUGCAGGCUCUCCGGCCAGACCGGCUCACCUCCAUGGCCCGAAUCUUUGUGGAGAAAGUCCUGGGCACAACGUUUGCACAUGCUGCCGACAAGGAACUUGACCUGGGUGGGAUUGUGGAGUCAGAUAUCAAAGCUAGCACACCAGUAUUGAUGUGCUCUGUGCCAGGAUAUGAUGCCAGCGGUAGAGUGGAUGACUUGGCCACAGAACUUGGCAAACAGUUGACAUCUAUUGCCAUUGGUUCUGCUGAGGGUUUCACGCAGGCGGACAAGGUGAUCAAUUCAUCGAGCAAGUCUGGCCGCUGGGUGAUGCUGAAAAAUGUUCACCUGGCCCCUCAGUGGCUGGUUCAGCUGGAGAAGAAGCUGCACAACCUGACGCCUCAUCCUAACUUCCGUCUUUUCCUCACCAUGGAGAUCAACCCCAAACUGCCAACCAACCUGCUCCGCGCCGGCCGUGUGUUCACCUUCGAGCCCCCGCCAGGCGUCUCGGCCAACCUGCUGAGGACGUUCAGCUCUAUUCCAGCCACAAGGAUGUGCAGGGAGCCCAAUGAGCGAGCAAGACUUUACUUCCUGCUUGCCUGGUUCCAUGCUAUAGUGCAGGAACGUAUGCGCUACAUGCCGCUAGGCUGGGCCAAGAAGUACGAGUUCACCGAGUCUGACCUGAAGGUGGCCUGUGACAUGCUGGACACCUGGAUUGACAGUGUAGCCUUGGGCCGCACCAACCUGUCUCCAGAGAAGGUGCCAUGGGACGCCAUAAAGACCCUGCUCUCACAGUGCAUCUAUGGGGGCAAGAUUGACAAUAGCUUCGACCAGCGUCUGUUGAACACGUUUAUAGACAAGCUGUUUUCACCGAAGAGUUUUGAGAGUGACUUCACCUUGGUGGCGAGCAUUGAUGGUUGCAAGAAGAUAGCCAUGCCAGACAGCAUCAGGCGUGAGGAAUUUGUUACGUAUGCGGAGCACCUGGAUGCAGAAAGACAAACACCUGCCUGGCUUGGCCUGCCCAACAAUGCGGAAAAGGUUCUGCUCACCACACACGGGGCCGAUAUGUGCGCUAAACUCAUGAAGGUGGAGCUGUUGGAGGAUGAUGAUGACCUGGAUACAGCAGGAAAGGAUGAUGAUGAGAAGCUGGUGGUGGAUGGCCGCCCCGCAUGGAUGAGGACCCUCCAUGCCUCCGUCAGGACCUGGCUAGACCUCGUACCUAAGGGCUACGAAGAUGUGUCUGUGGGAGCAAUGAAGCGUACCAUAGAGAACAUCAAGGACCCUCUGUUCCGCUUCUUCGAGCGUGAGGUGAAUGCAGGUGGCAGGUUGCUGAAUGACGUAAGACGUGACCUUGGUGACGUUCUACAGGUAUGCAUUGGGGAGAAGAAGCCUACCAAUCACCACAGAAACAUGAUGGCUGACCUUGCUAAAGGUAUGAUCCCAGAGUCCUGGAGGCGGUACACUGUCCCUGGGGGGAUAACAGUCAUACAGUGGAUCACCGACUUCAGCCAGAGGAUCAAACAGCUCCAGACCGUUGUACAGGUGGCCCAGGGUGGGGCCAAGGAACUCAAGAACCUGCAGGUGUGGCUGGGAGGACUGUUUAUAGCGGAGGCAUAUAUUACAGCCACCAGGCAGUAUGUGGCUCAGGCCAACAGCUGGUCACUCGAGGAACUCUACCUAGAUGUGUCUGUGACGGAUGGGAAAUCUGGAACCCCAGAUGCAUGCAGUUUUUGUGCAGUAGGGCUGAAGCUGCAGGGAGCUGUGUGCAAGCAGAACAAGCUGCAGCUUUCCUCCACCAUCUCCACAGACCUGCCUCUCACCUUGCUUAGAUGGGUCAGGUUGGAUGAGCAAAAGCACAUGGACUCUAAAGUGACACUGCCUGUGUACCUGAACGCAACACGCGCCCAGCUUCUCUUCACCCUGGACUUUGAGACGGAGGGACAGGGUUCUGGCAAAGGUCACAGCUUCUAUGAGAGGGGUGUCGCUCUAGUCUCCUCUGACCUCGGAUAGAUUCUCGCACACUGAACUGACUUUAUUCACAUAACUUAAAAGUGGAAUUUAUUACAAAGAAUAGUUCUGAUUUUGGACUUAUCUUUCUGCGCUUACACCAGACUUCUAUGUUUUAAAAGUGAAUGUGAACAAGUACAUGAUGAACCAACCAGAAAUUAAUUGUGACACACUUUGAUUCCUUAUCUAUUAUCACAGUGGUUUAUAACUCCAAUAAAUGUGGUAUCCCUUACUUCAUAAAUGAUUAACAGUGUAUAUCAAUAUGCUGGUCAUCAACCCUUGUAAAAAACUGUUAAAAAUCUUACCAUCAGAAUAGUAGAUAAUAAACUGAAGAAAUAAACAUUUUUCCAAAAUAUUUAUGAUAGAAAGUGUUUUUAACAAAGGUAAACUUGUGCCCUUCUCCCAUAGAAUGGAUAUAAAAUAGAUAGAAAUAAAUCCUCAAAAUUUAA